CGUGGCCCCAUCGGAGGAUUGGUAACUUGAGGACCUUCCAAUUUGAUAUAACCGGGCCGCAUUUGAUUGGAAAGAAAGACAACACAAGGGCCAUUUCGAGAACGGAGUCUGUGUUACGACGCCAUUGUCAUAUUUCAGUGCAAUUCUUGCCAUCAUCUCAUCAUUGUCCGAUUGAGGAAGUCUAUUUCCCGUGACCACCAUCAGUUCGAUUCCGCCUCUUCUUCUUCACCAUGACGAGCCACGAUGAAGCCGCUUCCAAAGACGGCAGUGCUGCUACCACCGGCACUUCUCAGAGCGUUUCUACUCCUCCGGAAGAACAAACCGUCACCGUCCAUCCUCUUGCCUCCGACGACAACAAGGCUCGCCGUCGAUUCGUCACCACCCAUCGGAAGACUCUGGAGCACAUUAACCGCGACAGCUUAUUCAACACACGCUAUGAAGUCCCUGAUCAAAAGAGGAAAAGCGCUUCCAGUUGGCCCAAGAAAACCCUGGGAGCCAUGCAUGAUAAGGCUGCCUCCAGGUCAGCCUACGAUUGGCUUGAGGUAUUCCUACCCAUGGCAAAGUGGCUCAAGACGUACAAGGUCCGAGAUCUUCUUCUCCAGGACGCCAUUGCAGGAUGCACUGUGGGAGUCAUGGUUGUCCCUCAAUCCAUGAGUUAUGCAAAGUUGGCUGGGUUGCCGGUGGAAUAUGGUCUCUACUCUGCCUUGGUGCCGGUUUAUGCCUAUGCCUUCUUUGGAAGUUCUCGUCAGUUGGCCGUGGGACCCGUGGCUUUGAUCUCUCUGAUGCUCAGUACUGGUUUGACCCAUGAGUUGGCAAAGACGGGACAUUCUCCAGAGGAUGAAGACUAUCAAGCAAUCUACAAUACAUUGGCCAUCCAGGUCGCGUUCCUAGUUGGGUGCUUCUACAUUAUCCUGGGUGUUCUUCGACUCGGGUUCAUCACAAUCUUCUUGAGCCACGCUGUGAUUUCUGGUUUCACCACUGGUGCAGCUGUCAUCAUUGGCAUGUCCCAGGUCAAGUACAUCUUUGGGUAUGACGUGAAAGGGAAAACACUGCACAAGGUGCUCAAAGACAUCUUUGCAAACAUUUCCGAGUUCAACUACAAAACGUUCCUCGUGGGUAUUCUUUCCAUUAUUGCCCUGGUGACAAUGAAGCACAUUGGAAAGACUUAUCCCAAAUUCAAAUGGAUGAGAGCCAUUGGACCACUGACCGUGUGCACGAUCACCAUCGUCUUGAAUGUUAUCUUUGAUCUGGAGGGCAAGGGUAUUCCUGUCGUUGGUGCAAUCCCUGUUGGCCUGCCUCCGGUCACAGCUGAUCAAUGGUUUCCAAUUGAGAGCGCAGGAGACCUUAUGCUGGUCGUUUUUAGCAUCACAAUUGUCGGAUUCAUGGAGUCCAUUGCGAUUGGGAAACAGCUGGCCAACAAGCACAAGUAUGAACUCGACAGCUCGACCGAAUUGAUUGGUCUUGGAAUGGCAAACUUGUGCGGAGCCAUGUUUAUGAGUUAUCCCGUCACUGGAAGUUUCAGUCGAUCAGCAGUCAACAACGAGGCCGGUGCGAAGAGUGGCAUCAGCGGCAUCGUAACGGCCACCAUCGUCAUGCUGGUGCUGCUCUUCUUGACUCCCGUCUUUGAACAGAUGCCGCUUGCAGUCUUGGCCGCAAUCGUCAUUUCCGGGGUGCUCGGACUUCUUGAUUACCCCGAAGCGAUCUAUCUCUGGAAAGUACACAAGUUUGAUUUUGCAGUCUGGUUAAUUGCUUGCCUUGGAACCAUGUUCUUGGGCGUUGAAAUUGGAUUGGCCAUUGCCGUCGCCGUGUCGUUGCUCUUGGUGACUUACGAGUCGGCCUACCCUCACACCGCUGUCCUGGGAAGGUUGCCAGGUACCACGGUAUACCGCAACAUCAAGCAAUAUCCCGAAGCAGAGCGCUACGAUGGAAUUGUCAUGGUGAGAAUUGAUGCUCCUAUCUACUUUGCAAACACUCAAAACGUUCGAGAGAAAAUAUCCAAGUACGAAAGGCAGGCAGAAGAACAGCUCAUCGAGCGCAAUGGUUCUGUUAAGUACGUGGUACUCGAGUUCAGCCCCGUGUCGCACAUUGACACGAGCGCCCUCCACAUUCUCGAAGACAUCUACACGACGUAUCGAGAUAGGGGCAUACAGCUAUGCAUUUGCAACCCAGGUGUGACGGUUAUGGAGAAACUCGUUCUGAGCGGCCUUGCAGAUUCCAUCGGGCGACGACAUAUCUUCACUUCUCUCCAUGAUUGCGUGAACUGGUGCUUGGACGAAAUGGACAAUGUCGAGUCCUCGGUCCACGGAUUUACUCCAGAUGAUGUCGAAGAAUCGUUGGCGACCAACGAUGAUAUUGACGACGACAACAACCCGCCACCAACCAACGAGCAGCAAGAGGAAAGCGACAGUAAAGGUGGGUCUGCUGUGGGGAUGGUUUUUGCUGCCGAUGAUAUUGAAGCGGAGAUCAAAGAGCAGAUUGAGAUUGACAGCGAGGAGAAAGGGGUCAAGGUCACCUUCGCUUCGCUUGGCACCGGGCAGCUGUAGCCCUCAAGUCAAUUACAUAUAGGACAUUUCAUUUUUAAACGGCGCUACUAGAACAUUUAUAUUUUUC